UGGCUGCUGUCGCUGCCUCAGUCGCUGCUUCUGCCUCUGCCUCAGUCUCAGUCGCUGCCGCUGCUUGGAUGCUGGCGUCUGUGCGGCGUUCGGGUUUCAGUUCGUUUUUUGAGAUGCGCCCGGUCGCGCGUGUUUAACGGACAGCCCGACAAUUUUUUAACCGGUUCCGGUUGUUAAGUGUGAACAUUAAAAAUUAAUAGACGCCAAAACGAAUUAAAAUUACAAAUAAAUCUUCAAUAAUUGCACCUCGAAGUGCAAUUAAAUUGAAUACAAAAAAAGAAUACAAAAGAAAGUCCCAGUGAGUGAUUGAUUGAUGGAUGGAUUGAUGGCGGCAGCAAAGGAAAAGUGCGGGCCAUGACAACAAGUGCCACACAGCAGCAGUAGCAGCAGCAGCAGCAACAAAAACAACAGCAACAUCAUCCUCAAUCGAUGAGCAGCAACAUGAAUGGUUUCCGUAUCACGGGUUAUCCAGCGGCUGCCACGCCCCCCAUGCGAUCGACAACAAUCUACGCGAAACCGAAUGCCCAUGAAUUGGAUUUGCACAUUAGCGAGUCACUACUGUAUCCAGGAAGCACACAGCAGCAGCAACAGCAGCAACAACAGCAACAGCAGCAGCAACAAUUGCUACAGAACUCGCCAGGGCCACCGCCACAGUUGACGAGCAUGCUGCCCUGCACGGGACUGCCAGGAGCGGCACAGCCCAUUGCCCUAAAGGGUAACAAUCCCUUUUUGAACAGUCCUUCGCCCACAGAGAAGGCGCCGCCGGGAGCAGCAUUGGGUGCUGCAGCAGCAGCACCUGCAACCUCUGUGACCAGCAACUAUGAAAUGCCCGAAUAUGCGGAGCCUUCGAGACUACGCGGACUGAAGCAGCGACCCCACAGCAUAGCCGUGGGAAACGGUGGCAACCAAUCCUCCUGCAGCUCGUCCUCCUCGGGUUUCGUGGACUACAAUGCACAGCAGCAGCAGCGUUUGCUGCAACUGUCGCGACAGCAGCAGCAACUAAGGAAUGCUGUGACAGCGGCCACGGCCACAGUGGCAUCCAACGGCGUGGACAAGGAAUCCCUAUACGCAGCCAUCUUUCAGCAGUACAGACAGAGUCCCACAAAUGGACUGCCGGCGGCGCCACCAGUGCCACUGCAUCGGAAGACGGGUACGCAGGGCCAAGGAGCUGCUGGAGUGGCGCCUGUGGUGCCGCGUAGAUCGCAGAGCACGCCCAGACCGCCACUGCAGCAGCAGCAGCAACAGCAGCAGCAGGGGACCAUGAACGGAACACUGAACGGCAAUGGAACACAGAGACCCAGGAGCUUGGAUCGUUUCAAUGGUGUGGGGGGAGGAGUACAGCCAGAGGCGCCGCCCAUACCCCUGCGGCGCUUUCCCAAUGGCAAUACCAACAACAAUGGAACCUUGAGCCGCCAAAAGAGUCCCAAGAAGAGCAGCAGCACGGACAACAUGUUGUCCAGCACGCCCAUGAGUCCCGCUGCGGGGCAGGUGAAUAUGAUGCGUCAUUCGAUAAGUUUCCAGGAGCCAGAGAGCAACUCGAAGAUGGAGCAGUCGAGACCCCUAAGCUAUGCCGCUCCAGCGCCCGAUCAGGCAUACCUCGAGCACCAGUUGAGGGCGUACUCGGAGCAGCUGCGAACCAUCACCGAGAGCGUGCGCAAGUACUCGGAGCAGGCGAAACUGCUCUCGGAACUGAAGCGACAGCAGCAGUUGGCCAAGCAGAGCCAAACGAAUCUCAACCUACUGACACCCACAUCCUGCGCCAGCAUCAGCAGCAAUAGCGGGGCUGGGGGUGUUGCUGGGGCGGGCACGAACAGUAAUCUGAACAACAACUUUCAACCGAAUAUGAUAUCCCCCGAGAUUGUGAGCAAAUCCCUGGCCUCACUCUCCACGACGCAGGCGAACGAGGCCCAAACGCCAUCGAAUCAAUUGAGGCUGUUCCUGGACAAUAUUCGCAGCAGCAUGCGGCAGGAGUAUCAGCAGCAUAUGCCCGAUGAUGUGCUCAAGCCCACGUCCACACUGAAACGGAAUGUUGCCGCAGAGAAUCCCCAGAAUCAGAAUGCUCCAAUCAAAGCAGAGGAAGCCACAUCGACACCCACACCCACGCCCACGCCUUCGGAUCAAUUGCGACAAUUUCUGGAUGCAAUACGCGCCAAUAAAAUACCUGAAAAUGUGGACAAACCGAAGAUGAGCAACUCCCAGACCUUGGAUUCGUUUAUAUCGAAGCCAUUGCAGAUGCCAGAUGUGACAUCGGGCACGCCCAGUGAUCGUGCCAGGAGCAGCGGGACUUCCAGCGGGACAAACGAAUGGUUUGCCCACCCGAAGGAGGCCAAAGAGCAGCAUACUGCCAGGCGGCACCAAUGCCAAAUUGGACCAGAGAGAACAUUCGCUGGUGACGUCAGAGAGCUUCCAUCAGAUCUCCGACAAUCUGCGACUAAUGAGCGAGGAUCUGCAGGCAUUGAGUCCCAGCAAAGUGGUUGCCAGCUCGGCCAGCAGUGGCAGCCUCAAGACAUUGGCUGCCAAUGGCGGCAGCUCCUUGACCUCUGAGCUGCGGGUCAUAACCAGCUCCCCACUGUACGGCAGCUCGCCCAAGCAGCAGCUCCAGCAAAUGGUAAUGUCCAAGUCGAAUAGUUCACUG